AUGCAGAAUGAGAACAACAAGUAUCAAAAGGCUAUUCGGGAGGCGCAGCACAUCCUUGACCAGAACGCACCCGACCUAGAAGACCAGAUCGCCCAGGCCGAUGAGAACAUCAAAUCCCUGGAAGAGGAUGCGAUGCUGGCAGAUCUUGAGCGAAAAUAUAACUAUCAGCUUGAGGUCCAUAACAAAGUACACAACACCAUCCAACAAAUGCAGGCUGGACUAGAAACUCUCAAGGAGAACUGGCAAAAGGGGAUGCACGCGUUGGAGGAUGUGGUCAAUGAGAUCCAAAAGAAAAUCAACGCCAUCUUUCACAUUGAGAGAAUUGUGGUGGGAAUCCACACUCAUGCGUUGAUCGACGACAAACCCCUAGUCUUCAAAUUCUAUGGCACGGUGGCCAACAGGCAUUUUGAAAUUGAGGCACAAUGGGCGCCAGGCAAUGAUCUCAGCCGCGACAGACGGGACUAA